AUGGAAGACUUUCAGAAUAGUGUUAACGCUAUUAUUGCUGAUCUGUUGCUACCAUGCAAUAUACACUUGAUUGUCCGCUUUGGCUAUGAAGGUGUUGCUUGGGUGCAGCCAGGAUCUAAAGCUGCAGAAGAGGUCAAAAACGCGGCUGCCAAAGCUCAGGAAGAUGCAAAAAAUAGUAAAAUGGCAAAAGAAGCACAACCAACCAAAGAGGAACCUCAAGAAGCGACAGGGGAAGCUGAAAAGGCCGAGGCGGAGGCACAAGAAGCUGCAGAGAAAGCUCCAGUGGCGAAGGAAGCUGGAGAGUCCGAAGCGACAGAUCUUCUGGAAAAGGAGGCCCAAGCCGCCAGAAAGAAUUACGCCACGGAGAGAGCUGACGCCGCACAGAAAGCUCGGGCAGCAAGGAAAGCUCAGGAUGAAAUUGAAGCUCAAGCCGCAGAGGAUGCCAAAGCCCUGAGGGAAAACAUUGCCAAACUUCCAGAUACAGCUCGAUUUAUCAGUCACCUCGUUCCGGAUAUGGCAGAGGAUGAUCUUCUCCGGCGUCACAAUGGACGUUUGCCAGGCAUCGAAAUGGCCUUCGUGGCCGGACUAGCGGCAUUCUUGGUCACAGAACCGGAUGGGUCCCUCGCGAAACUGGGACCUACACAGGUGGGCGGGGCAGUGAAGCGAGGAAUUAUUUGGUCACAUCGAUUUGCAUCUGCUGGGUUCUGCAAAGACUCCAGCGGUGUCUUGAACUAUCCCGAGGCCAGGAGCAUCAACAACGACCAGAUACCUCAGCCUAAAGUCAUUUACGCCGAUAGCCGUUCGUUCAAGAAAGACCAGUGGUCUCUCUUCAACCAGGUAGAGGGCUGGCAGUUGGAGGUAGCUGUGGAGACAGUCAAGACAGGAACUACGCUCAUCGAAACUACCGUUCCUACUGCUCGAUACGGCGAUUUGAAGACAGCAGACCGAGUGGAGAUUGAGGGAUUCCGAUCUACGGCGGCUGUGAUCCACGAGUAUCUCCAUGGUACAGCAUCAAGGCCGUUGUCGAUUGCAGUGUUUGGUCAGCCAGGUGCCGGAAAGUCCUUUGGAGUGAAGGAAGUCAUCAAGACCGUUCUCAGCAGCUUUGGCAAGGGCCUCAAGAAGGACUGGAAGCCAAUCGAGGCUAAUCUUUCCCAGUUCAAGGAUCAGUCGGACUUGUCGGGCAUCUUUGACGACGUCAGAGAUAUGAUCAUAUCCGGUGAUAUUCCAGCGGUCCUUUUUGACGAGUUUGAUUCUGCCUUAGAUAAGCAGGCACUCGGCUGGUUGAAGUAUUUCUUGGCUCCUAUGCAGGAUGGGAAGUAUCUUCAAUCCGGCUCCGUUCGAUCUUUGGGGCGAGCCAUUUUUGUCUUCAUAGGCGGAACAUCAAGCACCUUUGAGGACUUCACUGGAGAGAGCAUGAACAGUAAGAAGGCUGAUGAAAGUCAGAGUCAAGCCAAUGGCGCACAGGAUUUGCAGCAGAAACAAAAACGGGCAAUCAAAGACAAGCAAGCCAAGAAGCCCGACUUUAUAAGCAGACUCAGCGCCCACAUCAAUGUUGCAGGCCCAAACAAGAGCGACAACGACAAGGGUGACGAAAUGUGGAUCAUGCGACGAGCGAUGCUACUGCGAAGCAUGCUAGAGAGACGUCUCGGGACCAAGGAUAAAGCCGAUAAGUCCAUCAGCGUGGACGAGACUCUUCUUACGGCGCUAUUGAACCAUGAGAAGAUUCCUCAUGGGAGUCGUUCAAUGGAGCUUCUUUUGCAAAUGAGCAGGCUUUCCGACGGGCAGAAAUUUGACCUUUCCGCAUUACCAUCAGACAACCAACUCGGCAUGCAUGUGAACCUUGAAAAGUUCCAGAAGGACUUGGCAAAGGAAUGUUUCGAGCAGGAUUUUCGUCCCAUUGAUACCGUGCUCUACAACAGGCAGAUGUGGUGUACCUGGGAGGCGAAAAAGAUUGCAGCGAAAAGUAAGGCCCAGCCUGUGGCAUCUGACAAGAUAUCUGUGCCUCAGGGAAAGGAACAGUUGGAUGGUAGUGGGGAAGGAUCCGGUGCAGGCCAAUCUGUUAUACACGUUUGA